AUGUCUGCUCCAGUUAUCCCAAAGACCCAAAAGGGUGUUAUUUUCUACGAAAACGGUGGUAAAUUAGAAUACAAAGAUAUUCCAGUUCCAACCCCAAAGGCUAACGAAUUAUUAAUCAAUGUCAAAUACUCUGGUGUUUGUCACACUGAUUUACACGCCUGGAAGGGUGACUGGCCAUUAGAUGUCAAAUUACCAUUAGUUGGUGGUCACGAAGGUGCUGGUGUCGUUGUCGCUAUGGGUGAAAACGUCAGAGGCUGGAAGAUCGGUGACUACGCUGGUAUCAAGUGGUUAAACGGUUCCUGUAUGUCUUGUGAAUACUGUGAAUUAUCCAACGAAUCUAACUGUCCAGAAGCUGAUUUAUCUGGUUACACUCACGAUGGUUCUUUCCAACAAUACGCUACUGCUGAUGCCGUCCAAGCUGCUAAGAUCCCACAAGGUACUGACUUAGCUCAAGUCGCUCCAAUCUUAUGUGCUGGUAUCACUGUCUACAAGGCCUUAAAGUCUGCUAACUUAAGUGCCGGUGAAUGGGUUGCCAUCUCUGGUGCUUGUGGUGGUUUAGGUUCUUUAGCUAUCCAAUACGCCAAGGCCAUGGGUUACAGAAUCUUAGGUAUUGACGGUGGUGAUGAAAAGGCCGCUUUAUUCAAGGAAUUAGGUGGUGAAGUUUUCAUUGAUUUCACCAAGACCAAGGACAUUGAAGCCGCUGUCAUUGAAGCUACCAACGGUGGUGCUCACGGUGUCAUCAACGUCUCCGUCUCUGAAGCUGCUAUCGAAUCUUCUACCAGAUACGUUAGAUCUAACGGUACCUGUGUCUUAGUCGGUUUACCAGGUGGUGCUUACUGUAAGUCUGAAGUCUUCUCCCACGUCGUUAAGUCCAUCAGUAUUGUUGGUUCUUACGUCGGUAACAGAGCUGACACCAGAGAAGCUAUUGACUUCUUCACCAGAGGUUUAGUCAAGGCUCCAAUCCACAUUGCCCCAUUAUCCGCCGUCCCAGAAAUUUUCGAAAAGAUGGAAAAGGGUCAAAUUGUCGGUAGAUACGUUGUUGACUGUAACCAAUAA